CUUUACGUGGUGCGCGAUGAUGCCUCCGUGUUCCGGGAGGCCUCCGCCGCCGCCGCUGCCGCCGCCCCUGGCCCUGGUUUCGCCUCUUGGGCCGUGGCUGCUGCAUGCGGGCCUGGGCUACGUGCCGCUCAGGCGAGAACCGCACUUCCGGUGCCUAGCUGCAGCACUGCCCCCGCCGCGCCUUCUCCUGUGCUGCGAGGGCCGGCUGGGCCGAGUGGUGCCGUGGCCACAGCAGCAUGGCCCUGCCUGCCCAGCCAAGUCCCUGAGGCUCGCUCCCAGUGCGCUCUGGAGGAGACAGCAGCGCAGGCACCGACACCACCACAGGAGUGCCACCAUGGGGCAGAAGGUCACCACCGGCCUCAAGGUGGUUCAGCCAAUGGAGGAAGAGAGCCUGGUGGGUCAGCCGUCAGUUGCCCACCCAAGCCGGCCUGGCUGGAUCCAUGAGGUGCGGGAGCCCCAACGGCCAUUGCGACUGGAACUGCUACUGGACAUGCCACCAGCUAGUCCAGAGCUACAGUGCCGGCACGCCUGGAAUCCCGAGGAUCGGUCACUAAACAUUUUCGUCAAGGAAGAUGAUCGACUCACCUUCCAUCGACACCCUGUUGCCCAGAGCACAGACUGCAUUCGUGGCAAGGUGGGCUACACACGAGGGCUGCACGUGUGGGAAGUUCGUUGGAGUACGCGGCAGCGGGGAACACAUGCUGUGGUGGGAGUGGCCACACGGGACGCCCCACUUCACUCGGUUGGCUACCAGUCCUUGGUGGGCAGCAACCGUGAGUCCUGGGGAUGGGACCUGGGCCGAAACAAGCUCUACCACGAUGUUAAGAACAACCCCGCUGUCACAUACCCCGGUGAUUGCCGUCCGGCUGACGAGAUCUUCUUGGUGCCGGAUGCAUUCUUGGUUGUUCUGGACAUGGACGAAGGCACAUUGGCCUUCGUGGUUGAAGGCCGAUACCUGGGCGUGGCAUUUCGGGGCCUGCGGGAAAAGCUCUACCCUGUGGUCAGCGCCGUCUGGGGCCACUGCGAGAUCACCAUGAAGUACAUCGGUGGACUCGACCCGGAGCCGCUUCCCCUCAAAGAUAUCUGCCGGCGGGUGAUACGGCAGCGUGUCGGCAAGGCCCGCUUAUCGCGGGUGCAUGAACUGAACCUUCCAACGGCUCUCAAGGCAUACUUGCUGUAUCAGGACCGGACCAGUUAAUGACCGCCAGCCCUGUGCCACACGGGCUGCCUAGAGUCCAACUGCCGAGCCCAAGCCUCACGCCUGUCUCACAUCACGGGUCUGCCUCAGGAGUCCUCCUCAUGAGCAAUGCACAGGGUGGAUUUGUGCCAUAUUUACACUGAUGUAAGGCAGGUGCAUUGCCCCUUUUAGUUCAUUGCUUUCUUGAAAAACUGACAGUCCGCAUUUCUCGCAUUACAAUAAGUUCUGAAAUAAGAAUUGUGCAUUAGUCUCGCUGCGUUCGCAAGCUAACCUCAUUGCUCUUAAAAUAGUUAGUCUGCAAAGAAACAUUUCUGGGUAUUUGUGCCUUUCAACUUGACUCUAAUCAUCAUUUUGAUAGCCUGACAAAAUUCUGGUAGCUACCACUCAGAUUUUCUGAUCAGCAUACUGGAGAAGCUUUCAAUCAAAACUUGGGUAUCCAAGGGAUUAGCAUCAUUCUGAUCUCUGUAAAGGGGGCACAAGCUGUUGCUAGGCCUCCCAGGAAUUGCUGAAUGAAGUGCUCUUUUCUUCAACAUACUCAAAGAGCCAUUUUGAAAACAUACUGUUUUAAGAGAUUUGGCAGUUUCCCGAAUAUUCUGAUGGGCUACCGGUUUGUAAAUUUGUUUAUGCCCUUUAGUAGCAAAUACCUCUUCUCGUUGUUUUUGCAUUCCAUUCCUUAAAGUUUGAGAAUCACUUGGAACUGUUCGAGUUGGGACAGGCAGUUGCUUUUGCUUCAUAAAGAGGAAGCAGUGAUUUAAUUUGUGCCAAGCAUGGCAUUUGAGGCAUCUCUAAGAGGGUUCGUGGGAGGCUGAAUUGUAAAUAAAUUAAGAUAUAUCUAUGUAUGCCAUUAUUUAUUUAGUAUACUGUUUUCAUAUUUAUUUUUUUGAAAUGCCAAUACGCUGCAGUGUAAUGUAGACUGUUUUUUUUAAAUCCGAGUUGUUCUAUCUUGAUUUUUAAAUUCCACUGUUUAAUGUCCUUGAAUUACUUGUUUAAUGACUAUUCCUGCCUUAUAUUCAGAUAAAUAUGGUAACUGGCACAUGUGAAAUGCACCUUGCAGAUGGUUGGCACAUGUUGUUUCAGUUUACGUUAUUCACAAAUGCUGCUUGAUUAUGAAGUUCAUGUAUGACGUCUUUCUUGGCAGAGUCACAAGUACUGCAAUGUGCAGUAUGUAGUAUUUAACUAUUUGCAGUUGCUUAGAAUUGCGAUCUCGCUGAACAUUAUUAUGGUAUUGACCGUUACAUUAGAGGAUAUACGAUUCUAUAUAAAGUAUUUCACUGUGUGCUCACCAAAGUAUAAUUGUGCUUCAGUGUAGUCAUUUGGGAGUAGCUGGCAACGUUCGGCGACAAGUAGCAUUAUUGUGUAUUGUAGCGGGGUGCAAGUCAGCAUUUUAAACAAGGUGAUAGGCGAAUUAUCUGCCAUAUUCUGUUUGAUGCAUUACUACUGUUGCACCUGUUACGAAUCCACCCUGUGGUAUAUGUGCAGUAUGUCAAAGUAGUUUAUUAAGUGCAGUGUUGAACUGGCAAGGUAAAGAGUACAUUCUUUAACAGUGGGAAUUGGUGGAUCGGGCAUUGCAAAGUUUUGGCGCCUUUUGUUGCUGAGGAAUGCGUGAAUUGCUUGGGGCUUGGCUCUGUGGCACUUAAAGGCAUUUUUGCAGCGUGCUGCGACAUUGCAAAUAAUCUUGGCACCUGUCGCAUUGCUGCUUUUAUUUUUGCCGUGUGCGUGGGCAUAGCUUAGUCACACCUGCUAAUGGCAGCAUCUGCCGGUGCAAUGUUGUGCGCACAGUUUCGUCGCCUCUCUCAUCGGCUUUGCUCUGAGCCGUUCUGCUGUGAACACUCCGAGUGACACCAAUUGUAGGCCCCGUAGACCAACCGCACCAGUGAAGAGUGCAUCUGUUUUGGCGACCAUAUUCUUCGUGAGAGGAACAAGUGGGAUAUUUUUGUGUUUGCGACACUCCAUGUGUGGCUGGACAAUUCUGACCACGGACUGGACCAUGGUUUGUUCAGUGUACAUAGAUGGCAAGUAUUUAGUUGCAAUGGGCUGGCCGAAGUUGGCAAAUUGAGUGCUUGGACAGGACAUUUACAGGCAUCUGGCCACAGCAUCUUCAGCAGGAGUCACGUGCGGAGUGAGCUGCUGCUAAGGCUUGUCCUGCACUGAAUAGGGAAUGCUGCAGUGAACCAUAGCAAAACUUUUCGCUAGGGCAGGCUGCUUUCUUGAGCGACUGCAGAGUUUAGCUGUCCAAUUACUGCUGAUCUGAUAUGUUACCACGUGUGCAGUGUGAGGUGUAGAAAUGGCUUUUGUUACUGGCAACUUGCAAUAUGAAAUUUUCGGGCCACAUAAUGGAACAGUGUGAUGCAGAGAAACCAGUUAAGACUUGUCUGUGCAGUGGCUGUGACUGUAAUCAGUGUUGCUGCUGCAAGCAGCAGCUGACGUGUGCUUUUGCUUAUCCAUUUGCUGCUUUUCUCUCUUGAGCAUCAGUUCGCAUCGAGCUGGAUGCAAUAAGUGUGCUGCGUAGUGCCUCCCAGCAAUAUAGUGCCGUUUCAGUAAAAGUCCGUUGCGAGUUCCACUGAAGGUUAGGCAGAUGCAUCCAUUUUCUAUGUCAGAAGCAACAUCCAAGAUUAGCUUUUAUUUUUUUUUGUUCACAUCAGUAUUUUAUGGCCAGAAUGAGCGUUUUGCAAUGGUGAGCACAUUUUUGUUCAGGUGAAUGCCAUUAGGUGAUCAGAUGAUCUGAAUGUGGUAGUGUGGUGCAGGACAAUUUAUCUCUUUGUGGUAUUGCCGUGGAAAUGCACGGGACUAGCAGUAUGUGUGUCUGUACUCCAGUGUGGUGAGCACGUUUGUGACAGGUUGAGUGGUUAAUGCAGUCAGUUAAUGCAAUCAUUAAUGCAGGCAUUGCUUCUUGUAAGUUGCAACUGUCUAGGUUAAAUAAUUCGACAAAUAUUGCAUGUCUGAAUGCAGUGUCUGUUUGCAGCCUGAAAGCAGAAAGGAUUGCAGUUAUUUCCGCUCAGUGGUGCCUAAUUGAUGAUUCCUUGUAUUUAUUGUCGUCCCUGUGUUAAUAGAGAGUGUUUAGGGUUGUCAUGCCACGGCGUUCACCGUAAUUCUUUGAAUUUAAUAAGAAUAUUAUGUUCCGAUGAGUAACUAAUUAAUUUGUGGGAUUCCUUUUUUCUUUUUUUCACUUCAGCUGAGUAUAGCCCUGAGGAACAUCUUGCCAAUGUAUAUUUGGCUUUGUAAAUGAAAAACAUUUUGCAUUGUUUGCUGAAAUAUUCUUGUAAUAUAAUCUUCAGGGCUGUCUCUGAUCAUUGAUAUGGCACAAGGCUUUUAUUUAUUUCAAAAUGUCUGUGCACUCUUUGAUGCUACAAUCCUCUCUUACAUUUUUGAACCGGUUACUUGGGAGGUGAACAAAAAAAGAAGAGCUGGAAUGUUGGCAUCAGCUGGCAGUGACAGGCCUGUGCAUGUGGAAGAUUUUAGCUGCAACAUCUAAACCUUUCGACAAAGCAGAUAACUUCCAUGCCAGUGGUAUUUAGCACGGUUUACAAAAGAAGCCAAAGAUGCACAAGCCUAGCUCCUUUUAGCCGAAUCAUGAAUUUGUGGCUAGGUUUACUCUGGACAAACUACGUACAUGCAGCACUAGGCCAUUUAAUGCAAAUGUGUCAUCAGGGCUAUCAUAAGAACCUCCCGCAUAGCGUGAUAAAUUUAACGUAUUGCACACAUUGGCAAAAGCCCACCAGAAAGAGGCAGUGGCAUGUAUCGGAGCAUUACGGCUUCGCUGACUGUUCAUGGAUGUUGUGAGGUGGAAGAGUGCCAUUGCAAGCCUCCUGCACUUUGCUGCAGAAGCAGUGUUUGCCAUAGAGUUUCAGAUCUUUGCUACCACCAGGUUGCAAAAAAUUCUUCAAAGGCCCUAGCUUUUAAUUAGGGGCAAUCAGCUGUAUGUUCAUUGGCUCUGGACGCUACAGAAUGUUGUGCCCAGUUAGUUUUAUGCUUAGAUACUGAUAUACGACCAAAGAGAGCUGUGGCAAAACAGCUAUUUGAGCUCACUGGCUACAGGGAAAGGUUUGUAUACCUGACGGUGACUGUAACGGUGAAAUACAGCAUCACAGAAACUAUUGACUGGAUGUGCAUAGCAUGUACUUUUCUAAAAGGAGUACUGACAAAAAAUUCUUGUCUUGGUUUUAUUACUUCAUUGGAUAGCUGAUGACCCUGUAAUUACGCUAUGGAGCCUCAAUUCCCCAUAAGUGCAACAAGUAAUUAUUUACGUUGCCUUUGAAUAUGACUAUUUCAAAAUGCGUGCGAAGAGAAACAUGGCUUUGGAUGUGAAAAAAGAGACUCAUCACGUCACCGAAACUUGUUGUGGUGGUCUUAUGGUACCAAAUACCACUUACGUGUACACAGACACUAUACCGUGCUGUCAACAGCAGAGUCCAUUCAGUACUCAACUGGACAAGAGGAAAGAGCGCCAUUUCCUAUGGAAGCAUACAAUUGGAAGGGCCAAUUUGGCACCUUUCGGCAAUGAGAUCAUUGUAUGGCCUUCGACCAUCACACCCUGCCACCUCCGCUUUCGGUGAUGCGAUGAGUGACAUUUUUUUACUUCUGACGCCACGCCACAAUUGACAUGCGUUAUGGAUGGGUCAUACGAAAGGUUCUGCAAUUAUUCAUUUGUGUUGCUCUCAAGGAAUUCAGUCUUCAUGCCAAACUAUGGAGUCGACAGCUACCUAAAAAAGCAAGAAAAGCUGGGAACAAAAUUUUUGUGUCAAUACUCCUUGAAGUUCCUUCAACUAUAAAAGCAGUUAUUGUUCAUUGUGAUGAUCUUAGUGUCAAGAAAGCACAGCUGUGCAAGUAGCGUGACUUUCACUCUGUUUGUUCCCAGUAAAUGUUGCAAAAUUACAUUUGUGGCCAUUUUAUGAUGCCAUAUCGUAAUUCAGUGGAGGCUUGGCCACUAGGACUUCUGGACAUACAAAAACUAUCCCUACAAGGCACCUAAAUCUUUCAUGUGUCUUCAUUAUAGCAGUUACAGUGGUACCAAAGCACAAGUGUCUUUACAUUUUGUAUGAAUUCAGUAAAAAUACAGUUGAAAUGUGUGUCACUUUUCUUGUUGGCUGCGCUUGAUUGGCUAAAUUAUAUUAGGUGCUGGCUGCUGUUACAUUCGCUGUUGUCAGGGUAGGGCAUUCGUAGUUUAUUCACAAGUGUCAAAGUCGGAACGGGAUUUUCGUGUGUGAUCUAAAAGACCGGUGUUAAUGUGAGCUGUUUGCAAGUCUACUGGCAUGGUAGUUUACCACCGAUUAGUCACUCUGCCGACCAGCAGGACUGUCACCGUUUAGCUGAGGCUUUCAAGAACAUCUUUUAGUGCUCCCAAGUUGCACAUUGUACCACUGGAAAGAUGUUUUUUUUUACCAUCUGAUGACUUUCCGGGCCUAGCAUGGGUCUGUCCCAACGUUUUCUUCGUACUGUGUUCUCAAAAAAGUGCAGUUACGCUUUUCGAUAAUCCUCCGUUGAUCAUCUGAAUGGAAGGCAGCCUUCCCACGUGGGCUACCAUGGACAGCUGUCACCUUCAAUGCUGGAUGUCUGUGUCAGUGUUGUGGUGUAGAUGCCUCGAUAUUUGGUGUAUUAGCGAAUAAAACGCCGAGGUUUGUAUG